UGCGCCUCUUUCGUUGAAUCGUCGACGACCAGCAAAAGAAAACCACCUUCUCCGUGAACCCUCCAAUUCAGGCCAGUUUGAAGCGAUGGCUGCAGCUCGAACAAUUACGAAUAGCAUCGGUUCCAGCCAAGGGACUCAAGGCUGUAGUCAAUACCGCUGGUCAAGCAUGCAACGGUGCGACCGCUCUCGCAGGUCUUGGUCUGACCGUGAAGAGGCUUUGUUGAUCUCCGCUAUGAAGGCUUUAAUGACAAGAGGAUGGAAGUCUGACAAUGGAUAUCGAGGUGGAUAUGCCCAGAAGAUAGAGGACUGGAUUAAGAUCGAAAUGCCAACCACCGAUCUCAAGGCUUUGCCACAUAUUCAGUCGAAGAUAACAUCAUGGAAAAAGAACUACCAUUCACUGUCAAAGAUGCUCGAUCACAGCGAUGUUGGUUUCAACCUUUACAACGAUGUUAAGAUUGAUUGCCCGGAUGACCAAUGGGAUCAAAUUGUUAAGCAAGACCCGGAUGCCCGCAUCAUGCGGUACAAAUCCUGGCCGCUAUGGGAGGAGUGGAAGAUAAUAUUUGGCAAGGAUAGGGCCACUGGGGGAACUUCUGAGACAAUUGGAGAAGCAGUUAACAACAAUACUUCUGAUGAACCAAUCACUUCCAUUGGCGAAAGUGGUGAUUACUAUCUAAGCUUUGAAGAUUUCCUAGGGAACGAGCAAGUCCAACCACAUUCACGGAAGAUGCUGCGGAGGACAACAGCACCCCAAGUGGGCAGAACGUGGCUGCAACUGCAACUCCUCCUCCAAUAAAGUUGAAGGGCAAACGCUGUGACGACGAUUCUGGUUUGUUCGCCCUCCUUGGACAGCUUCAUGCGGAUACUAAUGCUCGCUUGGACACCCUAGCCGCCCGUAUUGGCUAUGAGAUGGACUUGGGGACUGCUAGAAAGGAGAUAUUCCGUCAUUUGGGGAACAUCUCGGAGCUGACACAAGCUCAGCGUUACGAUCUCUGCGACAUUAUUGCGAAAGAGAACACAAGGCUUGAGAUUUUCACUGGACUUCCCGACGCGUCAAGGCCGGUUAUGUGAAGCGCAUCCUGGAGAAAGAAGCUCUUCACUAGAUGGUGGAGCAUAAGGCUCAUCUGAAAUGCCAGCCCAAUUCGGUAGUUUAUGGUUAUUUUGGCUUUAAAAAACUCAGUUCUAUUUGACUAUCCAAGCUACUUUAUAUAUAUUUUGGCAACUUCAAUGGUCUGUAACUUAAAUUCAGCUUCUUCUAGACACGAACAUCAGCUGAUUUGUGGUUGCUUGGUUGUAUCCGUAACUUAUUUUUUGGCGUGUAAGACCGUAUAUCCCAUCUUAUAUGAAUUGAAUUAUGGCUUGUUA